AUGGCCAGUCAUCCACCAAGUAAACCACGCGUCGACGACGCUGAAGAUGAUCUGGAGGAUCUAGAUGAUGUCAUAUCCCAGUUUACUCCAAAUCAAAAGACUGGAGCAUCGGCACCGUCUUCCAGCGGCCAGGAUGGUGUAUCAAAGGCUACUCUUUCCGCGCCAGCGCCUUUACCCACUGCGUCGACGAGAACCGGUCCAACCCGUCCCCGGCACAACACACGAGUGGACCCCGAGCCACCCACGAAACAGGGCAAGCCUGGUGGAGGUCUUGCUGCAACAACAGAGGAAGACGAGAUCGCAGAUACGUUCGCGAAGGAGCUUUCUAAGGGUAUGGAGAGCCUGAUGCGUGACCUCGUGUCCCCGGAUAAAGGCGAGGGGUCGGCCGAUGCUCCAGUUGACGAGGAGGCUAUGAAGAAGGCAUGGGAAGAUAUGCUUGUGAACGGCAUGAACGGAUUAAUGUCUGAUCCAGAAAGCUCGUUAGGAAAAGAUGCCGGCGGGUCUACCUCUGGUGGGAAGGAGGACUUCCAGUCGAAGAUACGGCAGACGAUGAACAAGAUGAAGGAGGGCGAAUCGAAUCUACAGGGAGAUGCCUCGAACCCAGACUUCGAGAGCUUUAUGGCCGAAUUGACAUCGUCGCUUAAAGGGGAAUCUGGUGGGGACAGUGAAGAGGAAUUGGCCGGAUUCAUCGAAAAUAUGAUGACGCAGCUCAUGAGCAAGGAAAUAUUAUACGAUCCGCUGCAGGAGCUCAGUCAGAAGCUCCCCGAAUAUAUCAAGACGAACUCCGCAACACUCCCGAAGGCUGAUGUUGAACGUUAUGAGCUUCAACUCGCCUCCGUGCGCCGGAUCGUGUCCGUGUUUGACGAUCCAGGGUAUAACGAGGGUGAUUCACAAACCCAGCUCAAGAUUGUAGAAAUGAUGACGGAGAUGCAAUCGUAUGGUUCCCCACCCCAAGAGCUUAUGGGUGACCUCCCCGCUGCUUUCGGUCAGGAUGGGAGCCCGGACGGAUGCACUAUUGCCUAG